CGUUGCUGGAUGUGUUUUUGAACGUAUAGCGGUCGACUAGCGCAUGUACAUAGUAGUACGUUAGUGUAGUGUAGCCAAUUAAAUGGUGAAUAGCGUAGCCAAACAAAAAUUACACAGUUUUUUCGUGCAGUGAAUGUGAAAAUAUUCUAAUAAAAGCAGUGAGCGCUUACCUAAAAGCUAACAAAUUUGAUAAGCUAAAGUUAAAAUAACAGCAAUAGUUGGUGCUUGAUAAAAAAAUAAAAAAUAUGUAUAUAUACUAACAACAAGUGAAGCAAGAAAAUAAAGUUUUAUAUUGAAAAGUUUUUUUUCUCAUAAAACAACGACUCAAACGCAUUUGCCGUAAACCAAACUGGACAUUAAAUAUAGUAAAAUCCAAUCGCCACGCAUCUUACCACCAAAGUGUUGACAGUCUCUCUGAGCCAAGUUUUGUUAUAGGAAAGUCGUUAUUCGAAUCUGCAUCUGUGCGCUUAUCACGCGUGUGUGUUUGUGUGUGGCUACUAGAGUAACGUCUUAUAAAGCUAUAGCGCGCUUGUAAGUUUGUAAAGUUGUGUUGGUAUGCGUGUCGCUGUAACAAAGUUUGAAUUUUAUUCUUACAAGCCGCACGACGAAGUCAAAACGUGUCGAGUGCCAGCAGUGAGUGUUUGCAUUGCCAUAGCAUUGGAAAAAAUCGAAUGGUAGAAAAUAUUAACGGCAUACAUACAACAAAAAAUAAAAAAUGUGCGAUACAACUUUUUGAAAAAUAUAACAAAAAAUACUAAAAAAAGUGCAUUAAAAUUUUUUGAAAAAUAUUGCCAACAAAAAUUUAAAUUACAAUUAAAGAAAACAAAAAAAAAAUCUAAAAAUAUAGCCAUAUAAAUAAAUAAAAAGAUGUCUUAAAUUUUCUACUUUAAAGUGAAAGAUAGUGUGUGCAAAAAGUCAAGCAAUAAAAGCGUGAGCAGUGUUUAAGCCAAGUUAAAACAAAAGUUUGUGUAUUAAAAAUAUUUAAUAUUAGUAAGUGCAGCUAUAUGCAUACAAUAUAGCAAUUUGUGUUGUAUUUGCAAACAAAAAUACUUGCCGUAGCAGCAUUACUCACCGCGCGUUUCAAGCGUAGCAACGUCAAUUGACUGUGCAGCAGAAAAGCCAGACGCUAUUCGAUCAACGCCAGAUUUUUCUCUACGCCAUAGGAUUACGAAAUAAAAAAAUAUGUAUAUAAAAUACAAGUAUAAUAAAAAAUGAAACGAAAAAUCACCAUCAACUAAAAAUCAUUUAAUAAAAGCGCAAGUCACAGCGGAAGUCAGUGUUUCCAUACAUUUUAUUUUUUUUUAAUUUCAAAUCACAAUUAACGCAAUUGCUUGAAAUAUCGAAGUUUUUACCCACAUUUUUGGUGUAAAACACAUUUUGAUACCCAACCGGCUUGGCGCGUCGUGAAUGCUGAAUAUCAAUCAUCCACAACAUUUGCGUCUCCUCCAUCAGCCAGCGAAACAGAUUGCCACAAAACGAGCUUGCGUGUUGCAGGAGGUUCUAUUUGUUAGUUUUGAUUAUUUUUCACACUUCAUGAGACGGUGAUUCAUUACACUUAAAAGCUUCUUUUGGAAAUUACGUAUCAAAAACUUUCGCCUCUUCAGCAGCAGCGGCUUCAACGGUAACCAAUUUGACAGCACGGCUAAAGAAAGGGCCGCAAUGUUCGUUUGAUAUUCAAUUGUGUGCUUUUUUCCGAGCUGAUUAGUGGUUGGACGCCCCACCGCUCUUCAACGGCGCCACCAUGGAUGCGAAAAAGCUGCAACAACUGCAGCAAGCAAACGCGCAGAAGAAAUUGCCACUCGCCUAUCAAACGAACCUCGUCGACUAUCGUGCCGCCACACAUUCACCCGUCUUUCAGCAGCAACAACAGCAGGCCGCAAUGAGCGCCUAUCACAGCAUCGGCGGCAGCGGCUAUCAGCAAAGCCCCACCGCCACCUCCUCGAGCGGUGGCCCGCUCACACCCAUCGACAUGCAACCGCAACCAAAUAAAAUGCUGCUCAAGCAUAUGGCCGGCAGUGGUGGCAACACCUCGAGCAGCUCACACAGCUCGCCGUAUCAUCAGUCGUCCUACAACAGUGGUGGCGAGCAGCUCUAUCAGUCACCGACGGAACGUACCUAUUUGACAGCGGCUGGACGCCUGCAGGCCACCUCGGCGCAUAAUCCUGCCACAGCGCUGCAACAACAGUACCAACAGCUGCAACAAGCCAAGCUGCAGGCACAAUUGCAGACGCAGAGUGAGGCGGUGCAGCAGCAGCAACGCACAUUCGCCAUGCGGCAGGCCAUGAAUCCGCCGGUGCCGCAAGGACACUUUCAUAUGAGUCAGUCGUCGAGCAUCAUGUCGACGAUGACUUUGCAACAACAGCAGCAACAGCAACAACAACAACAGCUGCAGCAGAAUGCAGCAGCGGCAGUGCAUGGCCGUGCGCCACCCUCCACUUUGAAUCUGAAUAGUCAAUAUCAGCCAGCGGGCGGUGUUGGGCCAUUGAAGGUCAAUCAGAAGCAGGCACAGCAACAGCAGCAACAUUAUCACACACAAGAUCAGCAGCAAAUUUACGCACAACACCAGCAGCAACAUCAAUUACAAUUGCAGUUGCAGCAUCAGCAACAGUUGCAACAGCAGCAGCAGCAGCAGCACGCACAUCACCAACAGCAACAGCAACAGCAGCGCUUGAAAUCGGAACAACCGACACCGGGCAGUGAGCAGAGUCCAGUUUACAUACAACAAAACCAUCCCGGACAUGUAGUAAAUCAGGCCUGUCAGACACAGAUAUCGGCGGUUAAAGGCAGCGCUGUGGUACAAAAGACCACACCCAGCUCGGAGGAUUCGUCGAGCAAGAGCCCUUCACACGCGCCAUUAGACCGCAAGAAGAGCAUCGGUUCGAUGCAGGCGCUCAAAUCGCCCAUCACCAAGCGUCCACCCACGUCGCCGGUAACGCUCUCCGGUUGGCUGUACAAGCAGGGUUCGGACGGCUUGAAAGUGUGGCGCAAACGUUGGUUCGUGUUGGCCGAAUAUUGCCUCUACUAUUACAAGGGACCCGAGGAGGAGAAACUGCUCGGCUCCAUACUCUUGCCAUCGUACAAAGUAUCCGCCUGCCUGCCGGAGGACAAAAUCUAUCGCAAGUACGCCUUCAAGUGUGAACAUCAGAACAUGCGCACUUAUUGGUUAGCCGCCGAGACGGGCGAAUCAAUGAUGCAGUGGGUGCGCGCGCUCACCGCCGCCACAAAUAUGCAGGCGCCCAAUAGUGGUGAAUCCGAUCAGCCGAGCGGUUCGUCUUCGCUAAAUCACAGCGGCGAGAACUCCGACUCUGGCAUACACACGCUACAGUCGCAGCAGAGCAAGAUGAGCCUCAAUCAGGGGCAGGUAACGCCGGCCUCAGAGAACGCCAAUGUGAAUUCGGCGUCGAGUAGCAACAGCGGUGGCGUUGGUGGUGGUGGUGGUGGUGCGCAGCCUUUGUACGCGAACGCGCCACCCAAACCCCGGCGGAUCAAUGAUGGCGGCUAUUCAUCUCCCAGUCCCGAACAUUCGAUUGACAACGAACGCAAACCACAUCACCAACAACAGCAGCAACAACAGCAGGCAGGUCGUCAUAGCGGUCUUAUGUCACCGACAUUGCAACAAAUGCAACAACAACAGCAACAGCACUACCAUCAACGUGGCGGCCAGCAACCACAACAACAUCAUGCCAUUUACGAUACACGCACCGGUAAUGUGUCGUCUGCACUGCGGCUGCAGCAGGCACAACAACAAUUCUCUGUAGACCAAUUGGAGGCACAAUUGCAGCAGCAAAUGGCUUUGUCGGCGGAAGAUUACCCCAAAUCGCCGCCACCGCCAGCCACACACUCCAAUUACAUGGAACUCGAGGAGCAGAUGUUACGUCUACAACAACAACAACAACAGCGGGGUGGUGAAGAGAUUUACGGCGAACGCGAUCUGUACAUGCAAAAGCUGAUACAACAACGUUAUCCACCACAUUUGGCGCUCUACCCGAACGCGGAACGUCGUACACCGGACGCAUAUGGCCGCUCGAAAAAUCGCAUAUUCUCGGAUUACGAAGAUAUUUACAAUUUAACUCAAGCCGGUAUGCCAACAUCAGCGCAGGAGGCUCUGCUACAGGAGGCGGCCAGUUAUCGCCGCCCACUGAGCCCACCCAGUUACGAUGGCAGCAAACAUGUGCCGGCUAUGCCGAUGCGUUAUACACCCAAUCACAUGGAGGCUGCACAACAACAACAGCUAACCGCUAGCAACAGCAAUUUACGCUCACGCCAACCCGCCGCGAUCGUGCGCCCACAUUCGGCGGACUUUUUGGAGUACGAAGCGCGCGCCGAAUCAGCGGCAGCAGCUGCAGCCGCCGCCGGCACCAGCAACCUAUCGAACGCCAUCAAACCAGAUGCAGUGCGCGCACCACGUCCCAAAUCGUCGUUAGACAUCAAUCGCACACCGGACAGCUUCUACUACUCGGAGGCUAGCUACGCGGAGAAGAUGCGCAAAAGCGCGCUUUACUUGCAACAUCCAAAAGGCGCCACAAAUGCACAGCCACAGCAGGCAGGUGGCUAUCGCACCACCAGCGAUUUCCUUAGCCCAGUGGGUAGCGGUAUGCAUACCAUCGGCUAUGAGAAUCCCUACGAACGCGCCUACAAGCGCGGCGAGCAAUUGCACGACGGCCAAGGCGCCGCUAGCAUGCCGCGCAUGAGCCGCAGCAAUACAACGACCGCCAUGAACACGAGCAGCUUGGCGCAUUUGCGCUCGCAAUCGAUGCAUCCGCAAACGCAGGCACUGCUCUCGCCACAGUCACAGUCACAACAGAAGCAGCAGCAACCACCGCCGCCGCAAAAGCCUGUCUAUACGCCAACCAUGUCGACGCAGCAGAUUAUUCAGCAGAGCGAACAAUUCCUACGCUCGGCAAGCGCACGCCUGCCCAAGCGCAGCGGCGGUUUCGAUGAUGACUACAACAGCGCGACUACCACUUCACCGCCACAACAACAGCAACAACAACAGCAACAGCAGCAACAGUCGUCAUUGCAGUCAUCACAGUCACAAUCACAAUCAUCUUCACAAUCACAACAACAACAACAUCAGCAGCAUCAACAUCAGCCAUCGGCACAGGAUGGCGAACGCAAGCGUGAAGAGUCGAUGAAACGUUUGCUGGAGUGGAAGCAGCGCAUGUUGCAGUCACCGUUGACGCGCAAGGGCAUGCAACAAGGUGGCAGCAAUAUGUCGGCCAUGUCCAAGCUUGGUAGCAAUCCGAACAUACUGCUCGCCUCGACGACGGUGGCGAGCGGCGCGCAUUAUGCCGCCACCAAUACGAGCGGUGGCAAUAGCAGCGGCGGCAAUGCGGUUGGUGGUAGUGUUGUGGCUGGCACUGUUGGCGCGGGUAGUGGUGGCAUCACAACGAUGGCCGCUGGUGGCAGUCUGGUCGGCGGCGUAGGCGGUAUACAGCGCAGUCGUUCGGAUGCGCAUGCGAACCUCGGACCAGCCGGUUACAAUAGUUACUCGUCGGACGAUGAAGCAGCGUCAAUUUCGGUGCGGAAUGUGCGCAAUUUACCCAAAGGCAAUCUUACCGUUAAACCAGAUCCCUCGGAUGCACACAAUCCGCUACAGCAGCAGCAGCAGCAACUACAACAACAACAACACUUAGCGCAAGGUUACGAUCAAACGCUGGGCACAUUAACGAACUCCUACUACGGCACGGCGCACGACACGAAAUACGCGAAGACAACAACACUCACGGAUCAACGCAGCGGCUUUGUUGGCCUGGGUGGUGGUGGUGGUGUUGGUGGCGUUUACGGCAGCAACGGACUCAUAGCAGGUGGCAACAGCAUCUUGGCCGCGUCGACGCCGCUGCAUCCCAGCGCCAAUGGUGGCGACUAUUAUGGUGGCGUAGGAGGCGGCGCGGGCCCCACAUUGUGGCAAGAGCAGCAUACACAACAACAAGCAGCGUAUCCCAUGCGGCGCGUGGAUAGUCGUGCCGAAAUCGAUAUGCUGGAACGUGAGACCAGCACACAGAUGCGGAAUCUGGACGUUUCCGCCGGCGAUUUGCUGAGCCGCACACACGAGGAGCUGGUGCUGCUGCUGAUACAGUUGAGGCGCCAGAACAGCAAUACAGCGCGCGCCAUCGAGCAAUGUUGCAGCGAUAUACAUGAAGUGCAGAAUCGUCUACGCACUGCUGAGGGUCUCACACGCGCCGAAAGCAUACAGCGCCUGGACUACCUGAAGCAACAUCUGCUCGAUCUGGAGCGCCAGUAUGAGAAGAGCAAACCGCUUGUCAACUUGGUCGACAAUAUGGUGAAGUUGGGCUCACUUUAUCGCAACAACGACAUCAACGGCCGUCAGCCGCAACGCAACGAGGCUGUGACACUGGAUCGUCUCGAAUUUAAUCAGCGCAUGCAGGAGCGACGCCUCUUGCUGGAGGAGCAAAAGCAGUGGGAUCGGCUCAGUCCGAAUCACAGCGAGCUGCAGUCAAAGGUGCAUCAACUCUAUCAACUCGAUCAGCUGUUGCAAGAGGAAUCUGGCACACUGCAAAACUUACAGCGUGACAAGGAGGAGCUGGAACGUGCUCUGGGCGGCUUACGCGCACGCAUACAAGACACUUCGGGUCCGCCGAUGGCGCUCGAGGCGGCCAAAAAGCAACAACACAUGCUCGAGCGUGAGCUGUCGCGUGUACACCAACUGUUGGCCGAGAACUCAAAGAAAUUAGAACAAACCGUAGCAGGCAAUGCGCGUCUCGAACAAGAGCUAAUUGUGUUGCGACAGAAACUGCAGGCUUCGCGCGGGCCACGCGGUUCGCAAGGAGCACUCACAAAUGGCGUCGGCGGCACAGAUAGCUUUGCCAGCAACACGACCGCCAUGUUGGAGUCCGAGCUGAAGCGUGUACAAACACUCGUAGGUGACAUGCAACGACAGCGACAGGAGUUAAGCUCGGCUGUGCGUCAACUAACGGAGAACUCGAAUCGCCUUUAUCAGGAGAUUGGCAACAAAGAGAACAUCGCAAACGGUUUGCCAUUAGACAUAUCACAGAAGAAACGUACAAACUCCGCUUCGUGGCAAGAAACUGAUCUGGAUUCGAUGCAUAGCAUCUCGCAUACACUGAGCGAUGAUUCCACGCUCAAUCUCUCAACGCCACUUUACGUGGACACGAAGCUUAGUGACUUCAAUAAUGGCGAUGAGCUGCAACGUUUGAUGGCUGGCGCAGGUGUUAGCGCUGGCUCAUACCGUUACAAUGACGCCAGCGAUAAUUUGGAGACAAGCGGCGUGGACAGCGAUGGUUUUCUCGACUCAAAUCCAUUUGCCAAUCUGACCAACCAAGAAAAACAGGAGAUCAAAACGGUGCGCAUAGUGAAGCGCGAGUCGGAGCGUAGACAUCGUGAUCGCAGCGAACGUAACGGACUAAGCAGCUCCACGCAGAAUCUCGAUCAGGUGCUGGAGGAAGAGCAACAGCUGAUGAGCAGCAAUGGACUCGUCAGCAAUGGCUAUCAGCAUAUGAACGGCGCCACGACAAACGAGUACCAAAGCAAUGGACGUUCGAAAUCGCUACCGCGCAGUUACAAUGAACCGCCCACGAGCGGCAAAGUGCGACAUCAUCACCACCACAGCAGCAAACACAGCAGCAAGCAUAAUGGACACCACAGCAGUAGCAGCAGCAGCAAGCAAGAGGAUUACUAUAGCCGCAGCUUUGACAAGAAUAGCAACUAUGCCGGCUACCAGUUGAGUAACGGCGCUAAUGGUGGUAAUAUUGCUAACGGUGGGCACGCUGAGCGACGUGAACACCUCAAUCCACUUGCUAAUGCGUACUUUGCCAAGCAACUGCAACAACAGCAGCAACAUCAGCAUCAUCAUGGACACACGCGCGAAUCCUCCCAGCUGGCUUUGCGUCAAAAGACCGAUUCCGUGCAGAGUUUAAAUAAGAGCAUAACCGAUCUGAGUCCCGAUCCGGUGUUUCAGAGUGAAGCGGCGCGUCAAAUCAUAAACGAGCUUUCGGCCGGUUCAGCGUCGGAGGACAAUACGGAGAAGAUUGUUGAGAAAGUGCCGUCGCAGCAUAAGCAUCGACGCGCGGUGCCACGCGAGAAGCGUCGCCACUACACGGCCCCCAACAAUGUCAAUGUGAAGGCAAUGGAGAAUGUGCAGGCGGAGAACGAUAUGAAUCGCAAUAACACCAACUGGCGUGCGCGUGACGAUCUGGACAUGGACUUGGCUUUGCGUCCGCGCAUGAAUGCACCAGAUGUUGUGCGCUCCGCUUUGGGGCAUGGUGAGAAGAUCUCGGAGAACACAAUAGAUAACUUGCUUUUGGCGCCAAAUAAGAUUGUUAUACCCGAGCGUUAUAUUCCGGAGAAGACACCCGAGCUAUCACCCGAAGAAAAGAAACGACGCCAAGAAAAAGUCGAAUCCAUCAAGAAGAUGUUAGCUGAGGCGCCCAUAAGCACCGCAAACGACACCACUGUCAGCUUGCCGCCGAGCAAAAUCAAUGCCGAAAAGAAGCAACGCGAGCAUUUGCUGCAACUCAAUCAGAUAUUGGCACAACAAGUCAUGCAAAUGAGCAAAAUCGUAGCUGAAAAAGCCAUGGCCAAGGUGCACAAUGACGACGGCGACGAGGACGACGAUGACGACGCAUCACCAACUGGUCAUGACGAGCGAAGUUCCGAAUCACCAAACGAACCACUGCCGAUCUAUCAACAACGCGACAAUUACUUUAGUUGAAUUUCCGAAGCACAAACAAAAAAUAACAACAACAAUAACAUAAAGCACUAAAAUAAAGUUAAAAUACCUGAAUGAUAAUAGAACAACUUUCGCAGCGUUAGCAUCCGAAGAGAGCAGCGGAGUAGAGGAGAGCACUGCACGCAUACACACACACAUACAAAUACUAAUGAAUACUAUUUUAUUAAAUAAAAAAAUAUUGAAAACACAAAAUAAAAAUAGUCAAUAAAUGAAAGCACCAAAAAAACAAUAUGAUGUACACUAAACUACAACAAAAGCAACAAACGCUAAAUUAAUUACAAUUAAAGUCGAGAAAACAAUAAGCUACAAACACUCAAAUACAAAACCGUUGCAUUUAUCUUAAAAACAAAUAACUAAAAAUUAUAUGAAAAAAUACAAAAACAAGUUUAUGUGACAACAAAAAGUUGAAAAUGUUAAAAGUUUACGAAGCGGCAGGUGUUGCGCCUAAAAAGUGACUAAGUCAAUAUUGGUAGGUAAUUAAGCGCGUUAUGUGAGCUAAGAAUGUAUACAAAAACAACAACAAAAAUAUUGUAUGUGUAUGAGAUUAAAUUCUUUAAAGUUGUUGUUGCCCGUUUGUUGUAUGUUAAAAGCGACUAACUAAAGAAUUAACAAUUUUAAGCAUAACUAAAUGUAAAAGAGCCGCAAACCUUUGAAAACUAUUUCAAAUAAAUUAAUUUUUUUUUUGCUUAGCUGCAAAACGACUGAAUUGUAAAGCAAAUUUAAAAGACUUUAAGAACAAUUAACUAAAAAUAUCAACUACCAUAAAUAUUGCAGAGAGAGGGUUUGAAAAUACAAAAACAAAACAAGCGCCACUAACUGACUAACUGCAUAUAAGCAUAUGCAUGUAACUGUAUACUACAUACAUACAUACAUACAUAUAUGUAUGCAUACAUAGGCAUAUAACUGUACACUACAUACAUACAUACAUUUAUGUAUACAUAGGCAUGUAACUGUAAAUUUACGCACAUUUUGAGGAGCAGCGCGUAGAUAGAGCGGGGCUUGAGUAAAAGCGUUGUGGAAUGCAUAUUUGAAGGAAAACACUAAUAGUGCAUAAAUUUGUUGUAUUUUCUGAAAAAAAAUAUUUUAUUUUGUUCAAUCAAAAAAUGGAGUUAGCACAGGAAUUACAAACGAAUUAGGUCACAUAUCAAAAUUAAAAUGAAAAAAAAAAAAAAAAAUAUAACAAAAUUAGCUGAAUUUAUGCUAUAUAUGUAUAUGUAUGUAUAUAAAUAUGGAAACAUGACUGUAGUAGAAAUUCGAAAGACACACACACAUACAAAUUGAAUUCGUAAUAUGAAAAAUGCAAGUAAAAUUAAAAAAAAAAUUGAGAAAAAAAAUUUAAAAAAAAUUAAAUACAUAAAAAUUGUAUGUAAAUCACUAUAUACAUGUAUAUAAUGUAUUUGUUGUACUGCAUGCAAGUGUUAUACUGUUAUACCGGCAGCGUUGCAGUGUUGCGCCAACAAUAUUGUUGAAGUCCUUGUUGAAAAGCAGAAAAAAAUUCACAAAAAUUAAAUUAAAUUAUUAAAAAUAAUAUUAACUAUACAUAUAUACACAUACCUUACAAAAAUAGUUAAAUAUGAUACAAAAAUAACUGUAACAAUUAAUUAAAUUUUAAUUUACGAGCAACUGCUGAAUAUACUUGUAAUUAUAUGAAACUGUGUGCAAUUAAGAGCAAAAGCAAAUGCAUUUAUAAUUCAAUAUCCAUUUUGUCAACCAUUUGCGCCUGCAGGUAGGCAACAAAAAAAUUAGCCUUAAAUAAUUUGAACAUAUUGUUAUAUAUAGUUGCUGUUGUUGCUGCUAAAUUUAAAAUUCACAACUACAACAACAAACUAACGCAUUUCUCAUAGCGCAGGGUCAAACGAAGCUGAAGCGAAAAACAAUAAUUUUGAAGUCCUAACAUUUUGUGGUUUUCCUCUCCACAAAAAAGACGAAAAGGCAAUGAAUAUUAUACAGAGUGUCAAAAGAAGAUUUCUAACUAUUUUGAUGAUAUAAGCACUCACAAAACAUCUUUUCCUCGUUCAAGCUUAUUACGUAAAACAUUAUAAUAAAAAAUAGACACUAGCUCAGACGCAAACCGUUCUAGUUAUGCAACUUUUUCAGUGUUGCAGAGUUUUUUUGAAACUCAGUUAAAAUUAAAAUAUUUUGAAUGCUGUUUUCAUUACAGAUUUCUACAAAUGCAAUUUCUUCGUUAGAAAGUCUCGAAAUACAGUUAAUUCUGAGCAAUUUUCUUUGUACCUAAACUGUAUUGUUUUUGAAAAGUACUAUAUGUACUACUCUUACUGCGUACAUACAAAACAGGCCUUGAGUUAAACAAAAAUUUAUGAUUUUUAAAAAAUUUUUAAGUCAGAGAAUUGUAAAUAAAAAAUAUAUUUAUUUCAGUCACUUAACUACAAUUAGCAGCAAGCGCAUAAAUACAAGGAAAAUCGACAAUUUUGGGUCAAUUAGCGUAAAGAUAAAAAAAUACGAAAGAUAUAGGAACUCACAAAAGAAAACAAGUGGCAUGUCAAGCAGAAUAUAGAACAUUUGAGAAUUAAAUAAUGGCAAUGCAAUUAUGAAAAAAUGUUAUGAAAAAAAAAACAAAAAAUCAGCGAAUAGCUAAAACGAAAAUAUCGAAAGGCGUAAAUGCACCAAGACAGGCGAAGAGAAAAAAUUAUUUUUAAAUAAAUAAAAUUAAUAAAUAAUGGUUAUUCUGAAUAUGAUAAUUUAGAUUAUUUUGGGGUAUUUUCGGGUAAAAGAAGCUUUGAAACUUGGAAAAAAAUUGUAAUAAAUUAAGUUUUAUUUUCUUAAAAAGAAUAAUUUAAAGCAAAAAAAUAACAUUUUCGAGAACUAUAAUUAACAUCAAAUUAAAACAAGUGUUAAAAAAAUUAAAAAAAAAGUAAAUAAAGAACAUAAAUAAAUAAUGGAUAUUAUGAAUAGUUUAAAUUAUUUUGAGUAUUUUUUUUUUUUGAAAUAAGCUUUGAAAUUUUGAGCAAAAACAGAAUUUUCUUUUGCACAAAAAAUAAUAAUUUAGAAAUAUUUUUUGAAAUUAUAAUUGUCAUCAAAUUAAAAGAAUUCUUAAAAAAAUAUUUCCGAACAAAGAAAGUUAAUAAAUAGAUAUUAUGAAUAAUUUAAAUUAUUUUGGGUAUUUUUUCUUUUAAAAAGCUUCAACAUUUUGAAAAAUAAAUAAAAUUUUAGAGCAAAAAACUAAUAUUUUUUAAAUUGUAAUUAGCAACAAAUUUAAAAUUUAAGUGUAUAUAUAAUUUUAAUAAAAACAUAUGUUCACAUUUUUUCUUAUUUAUUUUUUAUAUUUAUGUUUGACUUAUUUCAGCCCGAUUUCUUGAUAAACAUUUAUGCAUAUUUUUUAAGUUUUAAAUAUUUUACAAUUUCACAAAUUUACUUUCUAUUUUAAUGUUAAAUAUAAUUAUUGGUUUUGCUGUACCAAAUCUUUUUGAAGAGCCGGACAAAUUCGAAUAUCUGGCGGGUCUGCUUUGCUCUUUCGGCUUUGAUAGUUAUCAGUGCUAAAAGCUUAUGAAAAGUCUUAUUAGCUUCACUUACUCGAAGCACUUUAAAGCUGUGAAAGUCGAAAUCACUGCUUGUCACUAUUUUGUCAUUUAUUUUGCCAAAUUUGACAGCGUUCGUCAGGAGCGACAACUUGACUUGAGUCAGUAUUUGUAGUGCAUCUUGUCUAUGCCUAAAAAUGCUCUGCUAAAACGACCCUCAUGCACAUAUGUCGCACACAUAUAAAGCUGUAACAUACAUAUAUACAAACAUUAGAUAUUAAUUAUUAUUUUUUCUAUAGUAUUUAAUAAACUUAUAAAUAUGUAUAUGGCAUAUAGCAGAAAUUUUGUUCGGAACAACGAUUUUGAAUAUUAACUUGUUAACGAUUUUAUCAUAUAUAUUAUAUAAAAAACUAAUUAUAUAAGUAUUAUAUAAGUAAAUUAGUUUUUUUGUAAUAAAAAGAGUUAAAGAAUUUUAAAAAAAUAUUUUCAAAUAAACUUUUUAAGGUGUUUUCAUAUUAUUUAUGCAUAUAUGAAUAUUUGUAUGUGUAAAUACAAACCUACACAUUAAUAUGCAUUUAGAUAAAUUACAAUACAUUAUACAAUAUGUUCACAUGUACAAAUGUCAAUUGCUAAUUGCCAAUUAUUUUAUUAUAAUUUUUCCUUCUAAUUAAAUUAAUUUAAUUAUAAUUACGUAAUUUUAUUAUUAUUUGUUUUAAAUAUUCCAUUUUCUUUUUUGUAGAGUUCAAAAUACAUAUAGACAUGUAUGAAAUAGUUUUAAAAGUCAACAAUAAGUGAAAUUUAAAAAAAAAUAAAAAAACAAUUUAAAAAAAAAUUAAAUUAAAAAAAAUAUUUUUAUUAUGUAUACAUAUUACUUUUAUAUUUUUUCUUUUAAUACUUUUUUUUACUUUUCUUAAAUAUAUUUUUUUAUAUUUUAUUUUAUUAAAUUUUUUUCUAUUCAUUUUUAACUCAUUAAUGUUUUCAAUUUCUCGAAGUUUAACAGUUUUAAGUCCAUAGUUAAUAUAAUACAUACAUGCAUAUAUAACUUUCUCCAAAUUAGCAAAUUUUAAAUGGAAGAACAAUUUAACGGUGCUGUAUAGAAAUUAUAACAUAAAUUAGGUAACAAAUUAUAUAAAUUAUCUGCUUUUUGUUUAAAAAUAUUUAAAUGUUAUGAAGUCAAAUAAUAAUUUUAAUAAAAUAUUAUAGCUCCCCAUCACAACUCUUAACUAAAAUUGAUAUUCAAAAAAAUAAUGGCGAAUAAAAAUUAAAGCAAAAAAUAUCAAAACGAAAAAUGAAAAAAAAAUAAAAAACAAAAAAAUUAAUUAUAAAUAAAUUAAUAAUCAAUAUUCAAAGUUAAUUUGAAGCAAAAAUUUAAUUUUUAUUGCAAAUUUUUUUGUAUUACAAAUAAUUAUAAUUUAAAUUAAAAAAUAAAAAUAUUUAAAGUUGUAAUUGUUAAAUAAUUAAAAAGGUUCAGUAAAAUCUAAUUAAAAUAAAAAAAAGGAAAUUAAAAAAAAUUUAAAUUCUUUUAUUACAUGUAUGAAUAUUAAAAUUAGUUCUAACAAGUCUUCAGUUAUUUUAUUGCUGUUUUUUAUUUGUAUUAAAAAUAAUUAAAAUUUAUAUUUAAAUUAAUAAAUAAAAAUAUUACAAAUUGUAAAUUUUUUCUAAUAAAUUAUUAAUAAGUUCAGUAAUGUUCAAUUACAAUAAAAUUUUAAUUUAAUUUUAAAUUGUCUCUAAUUAAAAAUUAGCGCUAAAAUGAAAAAAUAAUUAAAUUGAAAAAUUACAAAUUUAAUAUAUUUAUAUAGUAUAUUAAAAUUAUUUCUGACAGGUUUUAGAUUAUUUCAAGCGCAUAAUGGAAACUUCGGUUUUAAAGUAAAAUUACAUUAUUUUUAAAACUCAAUUAAUUAUACAAUUAAUGCGUCUUAGUUUAAUUAAUCAUAAACUAUUUUUAAAUUUUACAUUUAAGUCAAUAAAAUUAAAAUUUUGGUUUAAUUGUUUUCAGAGUUUAGUUCAUACUAAUAAUUAGUCACAGACAGUCGUUAUUAUUUACAGACAUAAUCAAGCACACACAUUCAUAUAACUCACAUGAAGCGUUUAUAUAUUUUGUGUAUAUAUAUUUUUAAAGAAUAUAAUACAUUUAAGAAAUCAGAGAAAAAUCGUUGAACAUAUAAUUGUGGAAAGUUAAACUUGCAGAGUUUGCAAUGCUAACCAAUCACUAAGCAGUCAAUGAAAGCGUGUUAAUCAAAACGUUGAGAUAUAAGCAGAGAGCAAAUACAGGAAAAUCAGAUGAGCGCAUGCUGUAUCAUAUAAUGUCAUAACUGUAAUAUCAAAUAAUCACUAAAUAUCAUAAGUGUUAUGCAUACACACGUACAUACACACAUACAUACAUAUAAUGCCCGCACACGCAUGCAAAAACUUAGAAUUAUACAUAGUAUAUAUAACAUAUAUAAUAUAUAUAUAUUAUGUAUAUAUGAAUAAAUAAACAAACUAUACAUAUAUAAAUAAUUUACAUACAUACGACAUACCUAUGCAUAAAUAAUUACAUGCAAUUGCAAAAACAAAUACAAAUACAUAUGUAAAAUCAUAUAUUAGCCACUUAAAAGAGCGCAGCAAAGCAACAAACGAUAAAUAUCAUACAAAUAAAUACAUACAUACAUACACGUAUAUAAAUAUGAAUAUGAAUCAUCAAAAUGAUUAUUGUAAAUUGAAAUUAAAAAUGUUAUCAAUAAAAACGAUAGUUGGAAUUUAAAUGAA